CAUCAUUUGCUCUCCUCCAUGCUACUAAUUUAACGUAUGCAUGACGUAUAAUUGAAUAUCAGAGAGUGGGGAGAUCUACAGUACAUAAAGUCAAGCCACGAAUUACUGUUUACAGUUUGCGUUCAGAACUAAGGAUAGACGUUUAGACGAAGAUGCGUUCGAUCGUUUUGUACAUUGCCCUAGCAGGGUGUUUGACACUUGCUAAAGCUCAUACUUAUCACAUGGGUAGUUGUCCCAUAGUAGAGCCAAUGCAUGGAUUUCAAAUGAAUAAGUUUCUAGGAAUCUGGUAUGUCAUUCAGAAAACAUCUACAGCAAGUAGAUGUAUUACUUACAAUUAUACUCGUGGUGAGGAACCAGGAGAAUACUUGAUAACUCAAGAUUCUGAUCAUCCUGUAUUAGGUCUUACGCCACUGAAACAUGAAUAUCACUAUACCGGUGAAUUGAGUGUACCAGAACUUAGUACACCAGCUCGAAUGCAAGUUCGCUUCCCUCUCAGUGUAGCAGGUACAGCAUCUCACAUAAUCUUUACUACAGAUUAUGACAAUUAUGCUGGGAUAUUCACUUGUCAGAAAUUAGCUUUUGCCCAUCGACAAAGUGCAACUAUACUUUCAAGACGUCGUGAUCUUGACAAGGAUAUCAUCGAUAGAAUAAAAGCAAAAUUGUCAGGCUAUGGAGUAGAUCCUUAUGAUCUCAGUAUCAUUUCUCAGAAUGGUUGUCCACAUGAUAAUGAUACUUUCGACAUAAACAUCGAUCCUAACACUUUCACUGCUGAAAGUUUUGGCAGUGCCGUACGUAAAGCUGGCGAGAAACUUGGGGAUGGUGUACAAUGGGUCGCCCAUGCUGGUAGCAAAGUUUAUCAUAAGAUAACUGGCACUGAGGAAAGCACAACUUCGAAACCAGAGGAAACGCAUAGAGUUAUACCAGUGAUGAGAGAUUCUGGCAAAUACGAGACUAACGAAGUUGAAUGGAUUCCAUAAAAAUGUUAGAAAUGAUUAUUAAGUUAAAAAAAAAAAAAAAAGAAAGAAAA